AUGGGAGGUACUCCUUCGCUCGGGAUCCCAACCGACCAGGUCAACAGCCGCGGCUACAAAGCUCUCCGCAAACAUCAACGGUCGUUGGGCGUCCUCGACGCACCUAUGACAGUGACCAACGGGGUCACGGGGACGAACGACCGACGUCUCGUCGACGGCAUACAAAGUGCGAUGUGCGUUGCCAAAGACAUCAUGUGA